AUGAAUAUUGCACGCCCGAUUUCUUCGGAGGUGAAAAAUGUCACCUUUGGGAUUUACGAUGUUGAACAGAUUGAAAAAAUAUCUGUAAAGCAGAUCGUAAAUCCAGUUUUAUUUGACAAUUUAAACCACCCUACUAGUGGAGGUUUAUAUGAUUUGGCUUUAGGACCUUAUUUGAAAAAUUCACUUUGUGCCACGUGUCAUUUGGAUGAGCGAUAUUGCCCUGGCCAUUUUGGCCAUAUUGUCCUUCCUACUCCUGCAUAUCAUCCUUUGUUUUUCUCCCAGAUGUACAAUUUACUUCGUUCUACAUGUCUUUACUGCCAUCAUUUUAAGCUUUCUAAAGUGAAAGUUCACUUGUACGGAUGUAUGCUCAAAUUGCUAGACCAUGGUUUGCUGAACGAGUCUCAGCUUGUUGAGAAUGUUAGUCUUACUGAGGCCGCCGUGACAAAACCAAAAUCUGCUUCUGGAACUGAGGGAGGAAGUGACAGUGAGGACAGCGGUCUUGGUAACGACGACAUCGCCAAAGAUGCAUCUACUUUGAUGCGUUUGCGUGAUGAAUACGUGAACAAUGCUAUUGCUCAGGCUAAAGGCAAUGUUCACGUUGAUUCCCAUACCACUACUAUUCUUUUGCAUGAACGAAAGAAAGUGUGUGACAACUGUCAAUCGUUCUCUCCCAACUUUCGUAAAGAAGGCUUUGCCAAAAUUUUUGAGCUUCCCUUAAGCGGUAAAAAUUUACAAUACAUGGAGCAUACUGGCAAAGUUCGUUCGGAUGUCCUUCGUGACACUAGUAAGAAAGAUUCUGAGGAUGAAGGUUAUGAAGGUGAAUCCGAUUCUAAUGAUGAUGAGGGCGAAGGCAUUGAUUUGAUGGAGGAGGAUCCCAAUCCCAUGAAGAAGAAAUCAAAAGUGUCUGCCUCUCAUGGAGCGAAGUACAUGACUUCCACAGAGGUUCGCAACCAUCUUCGCCGUCUUUUUAGCAAGGAAAGCUCUGUACUUACACGCUUAUACUCUCAUAAGCGAGGCUCUCCCGCUACCUCCGAUAUGUUUUUCCUUCAAAACAUCGCAGUUCCUCCUACUCGUUUCCGCCCUGCUUCCAAGAUGGGUGACGAAGUCCACGAGAACAUUCAAAACGAGCUUUUAACCAAAAUCCUUCAAUCUUCUAUUCAAAUAGCUGCUUUGAGCAAGGAUACCAAUGUUCCUAAGAAUGCUGAAGGUAAGGAAGCCUAUGAGCGUGGUUCUCGAGCUUUUGAACUUUUGAUUGCUGCUUUUGUCCAACUUCAACAUGACGUUAACAGUCUUAUUGACAGCAAUCGAAAUCCUACUCAAAUGGGUCAGUCCAGAGUGGUUCCUCCUGGAAUAAAACAAAUUCUUGAGAAGAAGGAAGGUCUGUUCCGUAAACACAUGAUGGGUAAACGUGUCAACUAUGCUGCCAGAUCUGUCAUUUCCCCUGACCCUAACAUUGAGACUAACGAAAUUGGAGUUCCGCCAGUCUUUGCCACUAAACUUACUUAUCCUGAGCCUGUGACUCUUUUCAAUUUCAAUGAAAUGAGAAAUGCCGUGAUUAAUGGUCCUCAUAAAUGGCCAGGCGCCACUCAUAUUCAAAAUGAGGAUGGUACUCUUAUUUCUUUAAUGCCUCUUACUACCGAGCAACGUACUGCACUUGCUAAUCAACUUUUGACCCCUCAAAGCAACUUAAUUUCUUCCCCUUACUCUUAUUCCCGUCUUGUUAACACCAAUAAAAAAGUAUAUCGUCAUGUUCGUAAUGGCGAUAUGUUGAUUCUUAACCGUCAACCCACUCUUCAUAAGCCUUCUAUGAUGGCUCAUAAAGCCCGCAUCCUUCCAGGGGAAAAGACCAUCAGAAUGCAUUAUGCAAAUUGUAAUUCUUAUAACGCGGAUUUCGAUGGUGAUGAGAUGAAUAUGCACUUUCCUCAAAGUGCUAAUGCCCGUGCGGAGGCCCAGUUUAUUGCAAACACUGAUUCCCAAUAUUUGGUUCCUACUUCAGGUGAUCCUCUUCGUGGUUUAAUUCAAGAUCACGUUGUUAUGGGUGUUUGGCUCACUUGUAAAGACACAUUCUACACUCGUGAUGAGUAUCAACAGUUACUUUACCAAGCAUUAAAGCCUGAUGAAACUGGAUUAUUUGGAAAAAUUAAAACAAUUCCCCCCGCCAUUUUAACUCCUAAGAUUUUUUGGACUGGUAAGCAAGUCAUUUCUACUAUCUUAUUGAAUCUGAAGCCUUCAGAUCGUCCUGGACUGAAUCUAAGGGGUAAGGCCAAGGUUGCUGGCAAAUAUUGGUCUCCCAACUCUGAAGAAGGCUCUGUUUUGUUCGAAGAUGGUGAGCUACUAUGCGGCGUCUUAGAUAAAUCGUCCUUUGGUGCCUCUUCUUUUGGUAUUGUACAUUCUGUUCAUGAACUCUAUGGCGCUGAUAUUGCUGGUCGUUUAUUGUCUAUAUUAAGUCGCCUUUUCACAGCAUACGCUCAAAUGCGUGGUUUCACUUGUCGUAUGGAUGACUUACAACUUGGUGAAAAUGGUGAUUCCUGGCGAAGCGAACUUUUGAACGGCGGUAAGGGUUUCGGUCGUGAAGCUGCUAGUGAGUAUGUCGGAUUGCCUUCAGACGCCAAUCUCUCCGUUCUUAAUGCCAAUUUAGAAGAAGUCUACCGAGACGAUGAAAAAUUACAGGGGUUGGAUGCUGCCAUGAAGGGUAAAAUGAAUGGUCUUACAUCUUCCAUUAUCAAUAAAUGUAUUCCUGAUGGAUUACUUACGAAGUUCCCUGAGAAUCAUAUGCAGGCCAUGACGGUAUCCGGUGCUAAAGGAAGUAAUGUCAAUGUUUCUCAAAUUUCUUGUCUACUUGGUCAACAAGAAUUAGAAGGCCGUCGUGUACCGAUUAUGGUCAGUGGUAAAUCCCUUCCUUCUUUCUUGCCUUAUGAAACUUCUGCCAAGGCAGGCGGCUUUAUCGCUAGUCGAUUCUUGACUGGUAUUGCUCCCCAAGAAUACUUUUUCCAUUGUAUGGCUGGUCGUGAAGGUCUUAUUGAUACUGCUGUAAAAACUAGUCGCUCUGGUUACCUUCAAAGAUGUUUAAUGAAGCAUCUUGAAGGUCUUAAUGUCGAAUAUGAUCACACUGUUCGGGAUGCUGAUGGCUCAAUUGUUCAAUUCUUCUAUGGUGAGGAUUCUUUAGACGUUACCAAACAAAAACAUCUUACGCAAUUUGAAUUUUCUGCCAGAAACUACAAGUCAUUAAUUCAGAAGUAUAAAGUCAAGUCUGUCCUUUCUGCUGUUGACUCUGAAAAGGCUUCAUCUUAUGCUAAAAAGGCACUUAAGAAACCUCAUAAGUACGAUCCUGUUUUAGACAAAUAUCCUCCUAGCAGAUAUCUGGGUAGUGUUUCUGAAAAGUUCCAACGUGCUGUUGAUGAUUACACUCAAAAGAAUCCUGAUAAGCUGAUUGCUAGCAAAAAGGAAAGUAAACAGGAUGAAUCGUUGCUGAAUGAAGCCAAGUUUAAGGCGUUGAUGCAGUUACGCUAUCAACAAUCUCUUGUUGAUCCUGGUGAAGGUGUAGGUGUCUUGGCUAGUCAGUCCAUUGGUGAGCCUUCUACUCAAAUGACGUUGAACACUUUCCACUUUGCUGGCUUUGGUGCUAAGAACGUCACUUUGGGUAUUCCUCGUUUACGUGAAAUUAUCAUGACUGCUAGCGCUAACAUCCAAACACCUCAAAUGAUUUUGCGUUUGAAUGACAAUAUUUCUGAACAACGUGCUUCUGCUUUUUGUAAGGAGGCUAACAAGCUUGUUUUAUCAGAAGUUGCUAAACAAGUUCGAGUCGUUGAAAGAAUAUCCGGUCAAGGAUCAGAUGAACAAUCUAAAUCUUAUUCUAUUCAUUUGGACUUAUAUCCUCGUAAGGAGUACGAAGAAGAAUACGGCGCUCAACAGGAGGAGAUUGAACGUACGGUCAGCUCAACUUUCUUGCGUGUUCUUAACAGAAACAUUAAGGGUUAUUUGUCGAAAUCAAGACAGAGGAAGUCUGCUGGCGAUGAGUCAUCUCCUGAAGUUGGUGAGGCUUUAAGACCUCUUGAAGACAUUGCGGACGCUCCCGUUGAAGGUGCAGCCCAAGAAUCAUUAGAGGAUGAGGAUAAUGAUGCUACCAAUGAAAAAAUGGCUGCUCGUUCGAAACAACAUGCGUCUUAUGAUGGACCUGAUGAGGGCGAUAAAGAUGCUUUGCGAGACUUGAAGAAAUCACAGAAGAUGGACGAGGAAUUGGAUGAAGAUGAUGGCUUCAAAUCUGACGAAAGUGUUACUGAAUAUAAAGAGCGUAUACAGGCUGAGAAGUUGAAGGCUUCAUCAAUCAACGAAAAGCGCGCCUUGAACUUGCAAACAGCACAAACAGUUCUCCCCAACUGUAAGAACAUUGACUUUGAUUACCAGAACGGUGAGUGGGCCGUCGUUGAAUUGGUAUUCCCUAUAAACACCGAAAAGUUGUUGAUGGUUUCGUUGGUAGAAGCUGCUUGCGCACAAACCGUCGUCCAUGAGAUUUCUGGAAUUACACGUUGUUAUCCUAAGCCUCCCGAGUCUGCGAUGGACACUGUUCCUAAGGUCAUCACUGAAGGUGUGAAUUUGAAGGCUAUGUGGGAAUUCUUUAACGAAAUUUCGAUGAAUGAUAUUAGCACAAACGAUAUUGCUGCAAUUCUUAGAAUUUACGGUGUUGAAGCAGCUCGUAAUGCUAUUAUUAAUGAAGUUUCUGCUGUUUUUGGUGUCUACGGUAUUGGCGUCGACAGUCGCCAUCUAUCCUUGAUUGCUGACUAUAUGACCUUCGAAGGUGGUUAUAAAGCAUUCAACCGUAUGGGUAUCGAGUACAACACUUCACCUUUUGCUAAGAUGUCUUUUGAAACUACUUGUCACUUCCUCACUGAAGCAGCUUUAUCUGGUGAUGUCGAUACUUUGUCUAAUCCUUCAGCACGCCUCGUUAUGGGCCAAGUUGGUAGGUUUGGUACUGGUAGCUUUGACCUUCUGACACCACUUGUCGAUUCUGCCGCUAAUUGA